AUGAAGGGAGAAUCGCCUUGUGCUGAGGGCGGCACGGGGGCCUGGCGUUCCUUUGCUUCGGGCUCCAGGCCCUUCUUCCUGCGCUCCCUGCAGGGGAAGACCACAGACACGCUGUUCUGCCAGCUCUCCGAGGGCAUCUACCUGGCCAACGGGCACAUGAGCAUCAGCCUGGUCACGGCCAUCACUGUGGACCGCUACGUGGCCGGCGUGCGGCACCCACUGUGCGCCCGGGGGCUCCGCUCCCCGCAGCGCGCGGCCGUGUGCACGGCGCUCUGGGUGCUGGUGGCCAGCUUGCUGGGGCUGCGCUGGGCCCUGGGGGCGCAGGAGGGCGGCUUCUGCUUCUCCAGCAGCUCCAACACCGCGGCCUUCUCACUGCUGGGCUUCUUCCUGCCGCCGGCCGUGCUGGUCCUCUGCUCUCUGUGCGUGGCCACUGCCCUGGACCAGAGGCCAACCACCAGCCCCGACCAGGCAGAAGCGACCCGGAGGGCCACCCACAACCUGGCCGUGUUCGUGGUCUGCUUCCCGCCCUUCUGCGGCGGCCUGAACACCGCGGCCAUCCGCUACGCCUUCUGCAUCACGGGCGAGCUCUCAGAUGCCAACUACUGUCUGGACACCAUCUGCUACUACUUCAUGGCCAAGGAGUGGGAGGCAUCUUCACUGGCCUCGAUGCCCACUGCCAAGGUCCACAACCAGAACUCUCUCUGUGCGACCCUCGCCUAGGAGACCAGUCGUGGGCACAUGGGCCAGGUCCCAGGCUCUCUGGGAGGUCCUGCCUGCUGGGGCAUCCCUGAACUCGCUGUGGCCACUGGGCACGGUGCAGGUGGCCUGGCUGGGUGGAGAGGACCUGGCCACAGACCCCGCGGUGGUGUCACCCCAACCCCUGGGAUGGAAGAGGGUCGGGACCAGGGCAGGAGGACUGAGGCCUGGGUGAGGCCAAUCCCAGGAGCCCUGGGACGGGACCGACACUGCAGCGCCCAGAGUCCGGUACCCCUGGGCACUGGGGUAGAUGCUUGCUCUGUGCCGUGAGGCCUCAGUGGGCAGCCUUCUGCUGCAGUGGGGCUGGAACAAAGCUGGCCCCCAGGCCUGGCCCUGGCCCUGUGUGCGUGUGUGCACGUGCUCCCCACACUUAUGGUGGGAGGGCUGGGGCGUCUUCCUAGACGGCUCUCAAGGGCUCUCUACCUGGGGGCUCUCCUUGGGCCCCCCCGCCCACUCCCAGCCAUCUGCAGGCCUCGCGGGGGCUAUUUGCAGCUCCCGGAAGGGCCACGCUGACAGCCCGCUUUCCUCCCGCCAAGGAAGGGUCAGGACCCCUCGACCCCCUGUAGGGGCUGCACAGCUGCACUAGGCUGGGGGUGGGUUGGGGGCAGUGAGGAAGUGCAGGGACAGGCCAGGGUCUGUCGAGGGCACACUCCCCUCGGGCUUCCUUCAGGGAAGCUGGAAGACCCUGCCCGGUGGCCUCAGGGCCUGGCAGGAGUGUGGACGCCCAGGCUGGUGUGUGUUGCACCCACCUCUCCUCGGCCUCCCUGCACUCAGACCGGAACCACCAGAGCCUUCUAGAGGCCCCCUGUGGCGCCGGCCCAAGUUGGGCCUGGGCACCAGACAGCCACCCUGUGCUGCUCUUCCGCCCGUGUGCUCAGAGCCAGAAGGGAAGCCCUGUCUGCAGCCCUGUCCUGGCCUCAGGCGCCUGCCGCUGAGGCAGUCCUCAAGUCCCCGGGUCAGGGGGCGCUGCUGAGAGGGGCCCAUGCUCGGGGAGGUCCACACUCAGGGGAUCUCUGCUCGGGGGUGGAGCACUCAGGGAGCGCAUGCAGCUCGAAUCCACUGCUGUCCUAGCCUGGGGCUCAGAUGCUCCCCCCCCCCGCCGCUGGGGACCCCCUCCCUUUAUCACCUUGGGUAGGUAGUGCCUACCCUGCCCACCGACGUGCACCAAGGGCCGGGCGGGCCGCGUUCUGUCCUGAGAAAGCAUAAAGAUGUCCAGGCGUGUCCAGUGGAGCAGGGCUGAGAGGAGCAGGGCAGGUGUGAGCAAGGGCAAGGCUGCGAUGGACCUCUCCCCGCCCCCCCGCAGGCAGACCACCUCCCUCUCCUGCCCCCAUCCUGCGCCCCCACACAGGCGCCGGCCCUGGGACUAGGAGCCCCAACCUCCUCCCAGGCUCCCCACGACCCCCCACACCCCUCACCCCAUCCAGUGCUCCCCACCCUCGUCCUCCUGCCGGCACUUCCUAGGCUGGCACCCGGCCUCUCAUCACAACCCUGCCCUUCCAGGGGCAUGGCCAAGUGGACAGUUCCUAGGCUGUGACCUCUACUGCCCUGACCCUCCAGGGUUCUCCUUUUCUAAGGGACCACAGAGUCCGGAGAAGGUUUCUCACCGUAGGGUGGGAUGACCACUGGGCUGAGCAGCGAGCCAGGGCCGGGUGUAGACGUCCAGGGCCGUCCUCGGCCAGAUUUGGGGAUCCAGGGAGAGAGGCAGAGUAGGGCCUGGGCUCCGCUUCGCCCCCUGCCCCCCGCUCAGCAUUGUGGGGGGAGGGGGACGCCCAGUGGCCAGUGUGGAGCAGCCAUGGAGGAACAGAGCUUUAGACCAAAGGUUGACAGGCGGGUGACAGGAGCUUCCCAGAGCCUGGGUUAAAAACUCGGAACCUCGCUCUGGGCUCCGCGGGCAGUGGAACCUGCACAGGUGGGGGCUGAGCUUGGCCAUGUUUUUGCGUGCGCCCGCCAGGGCUGUCCUUGCAGGGGCGGAGGAAGUGAGGGUGGGUGGCGGAGACCUCUGCGGGGUCUCCUGGUGGCGGCCUGGUGCUGCUGGGUGGCGGGGAGGCCGGCCAUGCUCCGAGGUCACCAGCCUCCUGAGGUGCACACUGCCCCACCUUGCCGGCCCCCGUCCAUGGCUGGGAGAUGGGAUGUGCGCACCUCUGUCCCUCAGGCCUCUCCGGGCUCCCAGUAAGGGCAGGCGGCUGGACUUGCAUGGACUUCCGGAAGGAACGAGAAAAGGAGCAGAGGCAAAAUCACAGAUGGGAAGCAUCCAAAGAACAGACUUCUGAACCCGAAUCAUGGCCCACACACUCUGAGAGGCUUCUGGGCUGGGCCGGACCGAGUGGAAGAGUCUCUCCCUAACGCCCCCCACCCUGGCCUAGAGGCCUCAGGGGCCAGUCUGGCACACGGAGCAGGUCCGGGCUCACCGUUAAUUAGCAAGCCACAGGCACCUGAAAGCGGAUUCACUUCGCGGCUGCAUAAACAGGAAUAUAGGGCCCAGAAUGUGGGAGGGCACCGCUUCAUUCUCCCCCCGCGAGGAUCACACCUAGGGUAUUUUUUCUGGCCAGGGACACUGGCCUGUAGCGCGCCCUAGUCACCUGGGAGGGGGUCUGGAGGGUACGGCCGAGGGCUUGGCAGUAGCCAGAGGAAGUGUGAGCAGCAGAUGAGUGAGGUGCUCCCAGAGGCAGGUGGCGUGUGCGAUCUCCGAGGAGCAGACAGGUCUGGGUGGCUGUGGAGUGCAGAGCCACAACGGGGAGGGCCCCAGAGAACUGCCCAGGACCAGGCCGUGUGCGACCAGGUCACUGGGUGAGAGGCAGGAUGUAAGCGUCCAGGAAUCUCCAUACAGAGCAAGGUGCUCCUGGGGAGGCCACGUCACUUGAUUCCUACUAGGCCGUAUGUCGUCGGCGAUGUCUGGUGUCUCUGGCUCUUUCCUCUGGGGCAGUUUGCUUCUCGGUGAAGGCUCUCUCUUCCUGUCCCUGUUGGGGGUUGAAGCCUGGCCGCAGCAGGUCUCGGGAGAAGGUAGUCUGAGGGAGGCCAGCCAUCAGCGGGCAGAGCUGCCCUUGGUCUCCUGUUCUCGGGGACCCACCUGCUGCGGUGCCCCAGAGGAACUCUUCCUGAGAACACGUGCCCAUCUUCUACGGGGCAAGGGCGUAUCAGCCAGAGACAGUGCUAGAGCGAACGGGGUUCUGCGGGGUGUGGGGGCUGCUGCCCAGCCUCCAGCUCAGCCCCCUGCAGCUGCAGGGCAGGGUUUGGGGCACCGCAGGGAGGGGGCAGCGGAAGGCGGAGUCGAGCCGACCGGAAGGUCAGUACUUCAGGAAACUACUGCCCCCAUUUCCCAAGCUUCCAGAAGUCUCAGAGAUGGAGGCUUGCAUGCAGGGGCAUCCCGGGGAGUGCUCUUGGGAACCCCACCCAUAACGGGGCUGGCAAAGUGGACUGGGCCGAGGGAGCAGCUUCUGUGCCCGUGGGGUGCUCUGUGCAGAGAAGACCACGCAGCUGACCACACAGGUUACCAUGGACGCGCUGCCUCUGAGGCACGCACCACUUGUUGAAGGCAAGUCUGGAGGGGCCUUGGGCUGUGAACUCUGGCAGCGCGUGUCUUGGUCAUGACGGGGGGACCCCAGCAGCACCCCACGGCAUCCACUACCACCUGCCACCCUGUCAGGCCGGGUGCCUGGACCCCUGAGCUGCAGCCUCCCGAGGCUGCGGGGGUGGGUCUCCGGGUCGUCCAGCCCUGAACGGGGCAGGCUUCCUGUCCGGGGUCUCCCCAGCCAGUGCCAGGGACGGUGCACAGGUGGGGGGCACCACCUGGCCAAAACGGGCCUCCUGGAAGCCGCACGCAGGCCCUCCUCCACCCCGUGUGAGGCCGGUCUCUGCAGGCUGGGGGCGCCCUCGCUCCCAGCCCUGAGCUCUCUGGGCAGCUGCAGAGGCGGCCCAGGGCUGUGGUCAGGAAGUAACGCUGUGCAGGGUGUCACGAAGAGCAGGCAGACGCAGAGAGAGCCAGGCACACGGCGGGUCUGGCUGUGCAGAGGGUGGCCCAGCCCAGCGCCCUGAGGCCCCAGCCAUCCCAGACUGGUGAGUCCACCCACAGCCUGCCGUCCCCCUGCUGUCCCCUCCAUGAGCCCUGUCCUGCCCUCACCCUGCUGGCCACCACAAAGGGCUCGCAGGAGCAGGGCCCCAGGCUGGCCUGCAUCUGGCCCCGGGCUUCCCACGUGAGGACCGUGCCGAGCUCCAAGCCCAAGCAGGCAUAGGGCAAAGGCUGGGGGGACAGUUAGCCU